AGCCGCCACACUGGGCAUCAUGGCCGUGGACGUGGCAGAAUACCACCUGAGCGUCAUCAAGAGCCCCCCCGACUGGGAGGUGGGUGUCUACGCUGCCGGGGCCCUGGCACUGCUGGGAAUUGCAGCCGUGAGCCUGUGGAAGCUCUGGACAUCGGGGAGCUUCCCCAGCCCCUCCCCAUUCCCCAACUACGACUACAGGUACCUUCAGCAGAAGUAUGGCGAGACCUACGCAGAGGCCAAGCAGAAGAGAGCACCUGCCUGGAAUGCCCAGCGGGCCAGCGCUCGAGGACCACCCAGUCGCAAAGGCAGCCUCAGCAUCGAGGACACCUUUGAGAGCAUCAGUGAGCUGGGGCCCCUGGAGCUGAUGGGCCGUGAGCUGGACCUGGCCCCGUACGGGACUCUCCGGAAGUCCCAGUCGGCAGAUUCCCUCAACUCCAUCUCCUCCGUGAGCAACACCUUUGGGCAGGACUUCACGCUGGGUCAGGUGGAGGUGAGCAUGGACUACGAUGCUGCCUCCCACACCCUCCACGUGGCCGUGCUGCAGGGGAAGGACCUCCUGGAGCGGGAAGAAGCCAGCUUCGAGUCCUGCUUCAUGCGCGUCAGCCUGCUGCCGGAUGAGCAGAUCGUGGGCAUUUCCCGGAUCCAAAGGAAUGCCUACUCCAUCUUCUUCGACGAGAAGUUCUCCAUCCCCCUGGACCCUGCAGCCCUGGAGGAGAAGAGCCUGCGGUUUUCUGUGUUCGGCAUCGAUGAAGAUGAGCGGAAUGUUAGCACAGGGGUGGUGGAGCUGAAGCUUUCCGUACUCGACCUCUCGCUGCAGCCGUUCAGCGGCUGGCUCUACUUACAGGACCAAAAUAAGGCCGCUGACGCUGUGGGUGAGAUCCUGCUAUCCCUCAGCUACCUCCCCACGGCCGAGCGCCUGACUGUGGUAGUAGUGAAGGCCAAGAAUCUCCUCUGGACCCAUGACAAGGCCACAGCGGACCCCUACGUCAAGGUGUACCUGCUGCAGGAUGGGAGGAAGAUGAGCAAAAAGAAGACAGCUGUAAAGAGGGAUGACCCCAACCCCGUGUUCAACGAAGCCAUGAUCUUCUCGGUGCCAGCCAUCGUGCUCCAGGACUUGUCCCUCCGUGUGACGGUGGCUGAGAGCAGCAGUGAUGGCCGUGGGGACAACAUAGGCCAUGUCAUCAUCGGGCCAUCAGCUAGCGGCAUGGGCACCACGCACUGGAACCAGAUGCUGGCCACGCUACGCAGGCCUGUGUCCAUGUGGCACCCCGUCCGGCGAAACUAGCAGCUGGGGCAAGGCCAGGGUGGGCACUGGAGCUGCCUGGAGCCUGGCUCAAGUUCAGCUCUGACAUCCUUCUCCAUAGUCCAGCUGGAGCCAUGAACACUGGGGUUCCCUGGUGGAGUUCCCAUGAGCCAUCUUGGUCCCUCUGUCCAGACUGCAGCCGAGGAGCCAGCCUGGCUGGGUAUUUAGGGACCCGGGGUUUCUCCCACUGAGGACGAGCUGUGGCUGGCUAGGCCCCAGGAGGGCAGCUGGGCACUGGCCCAUUGUUCUCCCACUUCGAGAUCCCCAACAGGUCUGCCCCUCGGCCUAGGGAUGACCUUGGCCUCCCAGAGCUCCUCAUUCCCCACCCGUGCCAGAAGGCCAGUGCCAAGCUGGGCCAUGCACUGGAACCAAGCAAGUCUUGGUGGCCAGGUGCCGUGGCGGACAUCAGCAGGAGUGACAUGAACAAAACACAGCCCCUAGGAUGUUGGGAAGACGAGACGUCCCUU